AGAAGAGCGCCUGGCUCUCGAGUACUAAUGCCGCGUUGAACGCCUCUGGAAAGAUUUGGAGGAAAACAACGCCGCGUCUCCACCAGCGAGGAGCAGGUUUGGGGGGCGCCCUGAGCGGCUCUCGGCUGGGCAGCGAAAGAGGCUGGUGGGGCGCUUUUCUGAACAGCGGCUUGACUGAACGCAGCCCCUGAUUGAGCGCACCUCACUUCCCCCUCCGACGAUGGUCUAGGGCCCCUUCCAGGUUGGAGGUCGGGCACUUUCUGCUUCUGCAACGGACAGCCCGAUAUGGACCCGCAGCUAGCCCAGCGCGCGCCUCUGUCUUUCCAAGAUAUGGAAGAACAAGAUACUGAGGCUACCGCUGGAGUCUGACUCUUCCGCCGUCGCCUUCCUUCACCAUCUCGCUCCCAGCUUUCUGUGGACUUCCCGAUUUGCUGAAAAUCUGCAACAGUGUGGAAAAGGAAUGAAACUUCUUGAAACUGGAUUACAGGUGAUGGCAUCAGGAGAACAGGCGAUGCAGCAUUGCAGGAGAGCAGCAUUCCCUUCAUGCCUCCGGUUGGCUUAGAAGAGGCCAAUGAUACGCCUGACAAGCGGCUAGAGCACUGAACAUUGAACCCAAGUCUCCAAAGGCUUAAGUGAUAUUUACCUACCAGUUUGCUAGACGCAGACAUGAAUAACUCGACGAACAUAAGCUAUUUGGAAGAUGUGAUGCCUCUGGGGAGUCCUUAUAAAACGGUUGAGGUAGUAUUCAUCGUCCUGGUGGCUGGCUCCCUCAGUCUCGUGACCAUCAUUGGGAACAUCCUGGUGAUGGUGUCCAUUAAAGUCAACAGGCACCUGCAGACUGUCAACAAUUACUUUCUUUUCAGCUUGGCAUGUGCGGACUUGAUAAUCGGUGUCUUUUCCAUGAACCUGUACACACUUUACACUGUGAUUGGCUAUUGGCCGCUUGGACCUGUGGUUUGUGACUUGUGGUUGGCGCUCGACUAUGUGGUCAGCAAUGCCUCCGUCAUGAACCUUCUCAUUAUCAGUUUUGACCGAUAUUUUUGUGUCACCAAGCCUCUGACCUACCCUGUCAAGCGGACCACUAAGAUGGCAGGUAUGAUGAUCGCCGCGGCCUGGGUGCUGUCGUUCAUCUUGUGGGCACCCGCAAUUCUUUUUUGGCAGUUCAUUGUAGGGGAGAGGACUGUCCCCGAUGGGGAAUGCUACAUUCAGUUCCUGUCCAAUGCAGCCGUCACCUUUGGCACAGCGAUUGCCGCUUUCUACCUGCCUGUUAUCAUCAUGACUAUUCUUUACUGGCAAAUAUCUCGUGCCAGUAAGAGCAGGAUUAAAAAAGACAAAAAGGGGAGUGGGCAAAACCAGGAUCCAGUUUCUCCAAGCUUGGUCCAAGGUAAAAUAGUAAAACCAAACAAUAACAAUGUUCCAACUAAUGAAGAUGGGAUAGAACAUGGUAAAAUUCAGAAUGGUAAAGCUACAGGGGAAUCAGUGAUGGAAAAUUGUGUUGCAGCAGAGGAGAAGGAAAGUUCUAAUGACUCCACCUCUGUCAGCGCUGUGGCUUCCAAUGUGAAAGAUGAUGAACCCAUCAAAGAGGACACCAGGGCUUCUGCCUCCCAAGUCAAUGCCAAAGUGGAGAACUCCAAAUUGACAUGUAUUAGGAUACUCACAAAGUCCCCGAAAGGUGACUGUUCUGGUUCUACCAACACAACCGUGGAGAUUGUAGGUCCCGAUGGGCAAAAUGGAGAUGAGAAGCAGAACAUUGUAGCACGUAAGAUUGUCAAGAUGACCAAGCAGCCUGCCAAAAAGAAGGCACCUCCUUCCAGGGAGAAAAAGGUGACCAGGACUAUAUUGGCUAUUCUCCUGGCCUUCAUCAUUACCUGGACACCAUACAAUGUCAUGGUCCUCAUCAACAGCUUCUGUGCGUCUUGCAUCCCCAACACAGUAUGGACCAUUGGUUACUGGCUGUGCUAUAUCAAUAGCACCAUCAAUCCUGCCUGCUAUGCGCUCUGCAAUGCUACCUUCAAGAAAACCUUUAAGCACCUCCUUAUGUGUCAUUACAAGAACAUAGGAGCUACAAGGUAAAACAGUAAUAAGCGGGGUGUGGGGAAGGGAGAAGGAAGUUCAAAGUUUUAUAAAACUAUGCCACAGCACUUUAUGCUCUAGAAUGAAACCAAGAAGGCUAUAGGACACAUACUGAUAGGGUGGAGGGGGGGACGACAUGUGCUCCAUCUCCAACAACUACACUUCAGAGAUCACCACUUUUCUGUCAGUGAAUCACUAGGAGACAGGAAAGGGUGGGCAGGCCAGCUGAGGAUAUGAACUUGAUGCAACAUGCCCAGAUCUCUGGUAGUCUCAUGCAGAAGGGCUUUUGAAUCCAUUCUUCUUUGGGGAAGCGUUCUCUUGUGUGAAGCCCGUUUAGGUUUGCUUCAUCUGAAAGGGAUCUGCACAAAAGCACUGGCAUUUCAGUGAGAAGGACAACCCCACUGAGGGUUGCGUCUUUGUCAGUUCUUCUAGCCUGGCAGUUGCCAGUUUUGUUUGUCUGUGUGUAUGUUCAUUUGAAAGCAGUGGUGGUGGGGGAAUCGUUCAACAAUAUCCUUCCUAUAUGGAAUGCUUCAAUGACUGGAAGAGAGAGACAUGGAACAAUCCAAUCAGCUCAACAGAUUCCAUAAUUUUAAAAAGUGGUGGGAUUUGAUGGAUGUUACUAUUAAUUAUUUACCUCUCUCCUGCUGCUUGAAUCUGCAUCAGAAAAAAAAGUAUAUUACCUCAUAACGGGCAUGGUUUCAGCCAGGCUUUUAAGCACAUGCUACACUUGCUCCAUCUUAAGUCAAGAAGACUUAAAAGUGCUGGGAUUUGGCUAGGUUGCAACCACUGGAAGCCGUGAUUGGCUAACGGGUGCCACAUGGUAAUUGAUUCUUCCUCUUUAACUGGGUCAGACUUUGCAUAGCACUGAUGGGCAGUCAAAUGGAGUGGGAAAAUGGAACCAAGUGGCCCCUUUAUUAUUUGGCAAGCCACAGUGACUAGCCAAAGGCUUUUGAAAAUGAAGCAUUGGGGGCAUUUGCUGCCCAGUCAGUUUGGUCUGUGAAAUGGCAAAACAUCCCAAUGAGUCUCUUUAGGCUGUGCACUUCAGAAAGAAAAAUGGUCCCCACUGAAUUUUACCCAUCCAUCUCACCUCUUAAUUUUAUGUUUCCUGCUCAUUAAGCAAAUAAAUCUUCAUAAGUUUUUUGUUUCCAAUAACUACCUUUGUGCAGGUUCUUCUCCCUGCCCACCCCCAAACUUGGGAGAUACGAAACACCAACUGUUUGAAGUUCACUAAACAAAUAAAUUGAUUAGUUAUCUCAGUAUGUAGUCUUCCAAAGUAAGAUUUCAAAAUAGUAGCUUUUUCAUUGAGGCACCACACCUUGUAGGCUUUGUUUACAAGCCCACGUUCUCAGUAACAGAUGUGGUAUACCUGUCACUGUGCUGUAUCACUUUAGAUCCCAAGUUGUGGGGUGGGUAGGUCAUCCAUUCGGGGGGGGGGGGGAAUCCCUACACAUAGGUUGUGUUCAGAUGAAACAUUCACUGAUUCUCCAAACCAUGGUUUGGAGCCAUGUACCCAGCCAUCAUGGUGUCCUCCAGAUAUUGCUGGACUACAACCCCCAUCAUUCCUGACCAUUGAUCAUACUGGCUGGGGAUGAUGGAGUCCAGCAACAUCUGGAGGUACCACAUUGACUACAUCUAGUUAGGACACUUAGAAAUUAGCCACUUAUGUUCAUACUCCCACCUGUUCCCCUUGCAUUCACCGCUUAAUAAAUUUUGUGAAACAAACAUUGCCUGUGACAUCUGAAACAGCAAACUGUAGUAUGAAAGAUUUUUCCAUACCAGGACUGCAAACAAUAUUCAAAAUAUUGUAUGCAAAGCCUGAUUUGGAAGAAUCAUUCAAACCACAUCUUAUCACUUCAGAUAUCCUGUGACUUGACAAAGGUGGGCAUACAAGGAGGCAGGAGGGAACACAUGAAGACAAGGCUUGCUCCUCUUCCUGCAAACAAUUAUUUGGAUGUGACUUCUGAAUGCAGUUGUAGAAAACUGACAUGUCGAAAAGGAUUCUAGCAUCGUCUUCCAUCUAAUGUUAUAAGUAGAAGGAAUUCAGUUUUAUACAGAGGAGUAUUCAAUCACAUAAACCCCAAACAUCUAAAACAGUACAGCCUGAAUUAACAUUUACCACCUCAGCCCAAACUAGGCCUUUGUUGCAUUGCAAUAAGACUUGUAGAAUGCUCAGUAGGCAAGAGAAAACAGAACACAAAAAAUCCAUAUUCACUGGGUGUUAUUUGGGGACCAGAUCAGGUUAAAGCUAUGAUAGGUUUGUUCUGCAAGCACUCAGCAGUGGUUCAGAUUUUUUUUUCCAAGCCAGAGAGAGAGA